UCAGGAUGUGGCAAAACAUCACUGGUACGUCAGCUCUGUGCAGAAACAGAACAUGUCUGGUUGCAACAGCUGGAGCAGAGCUAGUCAGUCCAUAUGAAGGAGAAAGUGAAAAUAACUUUAUAAAAGUGGCUCAGCGUGCUCAGUCUUUGAGCGAUGAAGGUCCGUGUAUGUUCUUCAUAGAUGAAAUUGAUUCUUUGUGCCCAAUGAGAACAAAAGAGUCAAGUCUCCAUCAACUCCGGCUUACAGCACAGGUUAAGAAUUUUUGA